UGAUACAUUUUCUCUAGAGAGUAGUCAUAUUUUCUUUAUUAGGGCUGCUUUCCUCAUACUUCAAUUGUUUGAUAGUUUUAGGACUCCGAGUAGACCUUAAAUCCAUCUCCCUUGUUCAAGUUUUUGACAAACUAGUAUAAUGAUAUGAAAGAUGUAUUCUUAAAUGAAAUCCAGUAUUUCUGUAUGUAGGCUUGCAAAUAAUUUCUCCCAUUUACAUAAUGAACUGUAUGAUGUAUUGGAUGGAUAGGAGUAAAAGUGAUUAUUUUCAAUGUUAUCAAAUGUUGUAUUGUGAGUAACUAAGCAUGAAUUUUUUAAACCAGUUCUUGUUCAGUUGCUGCUUCAUGUACAAUCAUGUAAGAAUAGAUUCCGCUUCUAGGAACUGCUUGGUAUUUAAGGUGAAAAGCCAGGGAAAGCUACUUGGAUUUGCUAUGCAAGCGACUCCAUGCCUCUGAGCAUGUUGAUUUUUGGCUCAUAUGUUGAGCUGCUGUCAUUUGAUUCCUUAUUUUUGUAAGUUCAGUGUUACAAGUUGGGGUUCCAAACCUAUUUUACAUCUUAAAAAUAUAUAAAAACUGAAUAGUAAGUGAAAGUGAAUGUCUCCACGAAUGUUAUAAUCAAAUACCUAAUACAACAGCUAUGUUACAUAUAAUAUUUGGAGGUUUUUCUGCAAUGACUGGAAUGGUCUUUUUUUAAAUUUUUUUUCAAAUAUAAGUCUAAUGCAACUUUUACUGAAGGAGCCUUCUUGUUAAAAUGCUAGCAAUAAGCAUUCUUCUUUACUUGAAAAAACUUCAUAUAGAGUUCAAAAUCAGCAAUACCUGUUUUUGAAAAUGUCAUUGUUAAUUUCACGUGGAAGAAUAAUCUGAAUGUCCUGGCGAGGCAUGUCCUACGUAAGAGCCAUUUCUGUCCUGACUUCUUUAGGCCCCUUUCUUGACCCAGGCAGGUCUCAGUGUUGCCAUUGACUUGUGAGUGUCCUUGUUUGCUGUCCUUAUCAGGAAUUUGUUUCCAUUUCCUUCCAUUUGAGUCCCUAUUGUGAGCCAGAUGCUCUGAAGAUAGAAAACUGAGUCAGGUAUUAAUCCUCCAUUCAAGGAAUUUAUUUUCUCUAGACUAAGAUGUAUGUAUGCAUAAUCGAUAUUGGGAAGUAGUGGUAAGUGUUAGGUGCAUUAACGAAAACCAAACCCAUUGCCACUGAGUCAAUUGUGGCUCAUAGUGACCCUAUAGGACAGAGUAGAACUGCCCCAUAAGGUUUCCAAGGAGCGGCUGGUGGAUUCAAACUGCCAACUUUCUGGCUAGCAGGUGGGCUGUCAAUCACGGUGCAUAGAGUUUUAUAGACUGUUAUGGAAAUUGAGGAAAUGAAAGGUUUAUUUUCCCAUGUGUAACCAAGUCAGUCAUUUGACCUGUGCCUCAAAGAUUGAGUAGGAUUUGGACAUAGGAAGAUGAUAGUGCGUGUGUGUGCGUAUUUGUGCGUCCGUGCCUUAUGUUAUUUCUAGUAUUUCUUACUUUUAGUGUAAAUAAGCUAUGGAGAACUUAAGUUCUUCUUCUUUUUUUUUAAUUAAUGAAUGUAAAAGUAAUCCAUACAUAGGAAACAUUCUGACAUAUGUGGCCAGGAUAAAGAAGAAAACCCAAUUUCUCUGCACGUAUAACUAGUAUUGACGUGAGUGAAUUUCCUUCUGGUCUCAAGUACAGUCAUCUAAGUGUUAGUAAUCCUUAGGUAUCAAAUCAUUCUUAUGGCCAGACCCAUAGAGCUUUAAUUAGUUACAAAUUCUACAUCAAAUAUAAACUGAACCUAAAAAUAUUCUAUAUCAAGCAUACUCUAAAAUUAGUCCCUCUCUUUCUUCAAGCUAAUUACGGUAUUUUGUAGGAAAUCUCCUAGAAGUAGACUACUGCCGUUACUCAUCUUUCCUUGCCUCCCAGAAGAAACUGACCAGGAAGGAACUUUCAGCAGGGCGCAGCUGGAAUCAUUCCUGGUUUUAUAUCCUGUUCUCUCCUCCUGCCCCACCUUCCUUUGCAGUACAUCAGAUGGUGACCCUGAUAACUAUAUUGCUUACUAUCGGAGAGCUACUGUCUUUUUAGCUAUGGGUAAAUCAAAAGCGGCACUUCCUGAUUUAACUAAAGUGAUUGAAUUGAAGAUGGAUUUCACUGCAGCAAGAUUACAGAGAGGUCACUUAUUACUCAAACAGGGAAAACUUGAUGAAGCAGAAGAUGAUUUUAAAAAAGUGCUCAAAUCUAAUCCAAGUGAAAAUGAAGAAAAGGAAGCCCAGUCUCAACUUAGAAAAGCUGAUGAGAUGCAACACUUGCGUUCACAAGCACUUUAUGCUUUCGAAAGCGCAGAUUACACCGCUGCUAUAACCUUCCUUGAUAAGAUACUAGAGGUCUGUGUUUGGGAUGCAGAACUGCGGGAACUUCGAGCUGAAUGUUUUAUAAAAGAAGGGGAACCUAGGAAAGCUAUAAGUGAUUUAAAAGCUGCAUCUAAAUUGAAGAAUGAUAAUACCGAGGCCUUCUAUAAGAUCAGCAUACUCUACUACCAGUUAGGGGACCACGAACUGUCCCUCAGUGAAGUUCGUGAAUGUCUGAAACUUGACCAGGAUCAUAAAAGGUGUUUUGCACACUAUAAACAAGUAAAGAAACUUAACAAGCUCAUUGAGUCAGCUGAAGAGCUCAUCAGAGAUGGCAGAUACGCAGAUGCGACCAGCAAAUAUGAAUCUGUGAUGAAAACAGAGCCAAGUGUUUCUGAAUACUCAAUUCGUUCAAAAGAAAGGAUCUGCCACUGCUUUUCUAAGGACGAGAAGCCUGUUGAAGCUAUUAGAAUAUGUUCUGAAGUUUUACAGAUAGAACCUGACAACGUGAAUGCUCUGAGAGAUCGAGCAGAGGCCUAUUUAAUAGAAGAAAUGUAUGAUGAAGCUAUUCAGGAUUACGAAACCGCUCAGGAACACAAUGAAAAUGACCAGCAGAUUCGGGAAGGUCUAGAGAAAGCGCACAGACUCCUGAAACAGUCGCAGAAAAGAGAUUAUUACAAAAUCUUGGGAGUAAAAAGAAAUGCCAAAAAACAAGAAAUCAUCAAAGCGUACCGAAAAUUAGCAAUGCAGUGGCACCCAGAUAACUUCCAGAAUGAAGAGGAAAAGAAAAAAGCUGAGAAAAAGUUCAUUGACAUAGCAGCUGCUAAAGAAGUCCUCUCUGAUCCAGAAAUGAGGAAAAAGUUUGACGAUGGAGAAGAUCCCUUGGAUGCAGAGAGCCAACAGGGAGGUGGCGGCAACCCCUUCCACAGAAGCUGGAACUCAUGGCAAGGGUUUAACCCCUUCAGCUCCGGCGGACCAUUUAGGUUUAAAUUCCACUUCAAUUAAACCAACUAUUUUUCUGCUCUUCUUCCUUAUUUUUUCUUUUUUAAGGAUUAAAAACAAAGAAACCUUGUUCCGGGAUCCUAAUGAAAAAAAUUUCAAAUCUUUCUGUUGUCCGUAACCAAAGAGUUAAAAAUCUGCUCUUAUCCAUUUUAGACUUACAGCUGCUGGGUUUGUGUGGGUAGGGAGGCAAGGAACGUUCCGUCUCGGACAAGGCGGCCCAUGUACAUUUCACGGGUGUCUGGGACGAGUGGUCUGAGGCAGGCUCACCUGUGGAAGUGCUUGUUUUAUGUGUUUCUGCACUGGGGCGUGGAGAGACUAUCCUUGUCUUCACGGCCUUGCACACCGUAUCAGUGCCUACGCGUGUGAGAGGAGCUGCGGUCUUCACGAGAGUGGGUCGUGUUUCAGUAUUCAGGAGACUGGCUUGAGCUGUACGUUCUUAGGGACAGCUCUGUUGAGGGCAGUCCAGUCAUUUGCAAGUUCUGUUGAGUUCUGAGCCUCCCCUACCAGCUUGCGUUCACAUGCUUCUUUACUAGGAUUAACUUGGCUGUCACUGAAAAAGAGGGGGAGUCCUGUUACCCAAUGGGAGUUGAUAUAUUUUCUGGGUUUUUUUUUUGUCAGUACCUGCAGGAGAGUACUGAGAACCAGUGCGAUAGUAUCUAGUUGUAAAAACCUAUGGGAUCUUUGUAUUAAACACAAAAAAUUAACUGAAAGAUAAUACGUAAAAUAGUUUCAGAUAAUGUAGCAGUGGUAUUAUUCAAAAUAAUAUUGCUGAAGUGCAGACUGAAGUACUACUUCCUAAAUAACAGAAGUUCUGAGUUCUUUUACAGAAUCUCUUACUACAGGAUUUCCCACAGUCCUCAGAAAUCAACAGAGAAUGCCAUGUGUCCUGCUUCCGGGAGGCAGCUUCUCCUACCUGCAGGUCCGACACUCUUAACCUGUAGUGACUCCCACACUAACGGGACUGGUUUGCUGGUGGCUGUUAAACAGCAGACACGCUCCUCUAGCAGACUUUGAUGCCCCUAUUAUGUUCUCCUCUGCCUAGAAAAAAAUACAACAAGCUUGCAGACCUAGUCAGCUCUGGCUAUAUUUCCACUGUCAUUUCAUUUAAUAAGAUGGCAUCUUGGGAUACUUUUCUUACCUUUCAAAAAAUUAACUGUUGAGUCAGUAUACUGGGUAAUUUUUUGCCCUAAUCAAGAACAUUGGGUCUUUAUGGAAGUUACUGAUGCUGUAUUUAAAAUCCAAGAGCAUUACUGACUUCAGAUAAGAAUCAUUACCAUUAUCCUGCAAAGCUUUCUGUAUUUGCCUCAGAACAUUCUGCAGCAUUUGAAUUAGUUGUGGUGGCAUCCUGACCACUGAUGUCCACAACAGCCAAGCACAAAUCUUGCCACAGUCAUCCUGAAACGUGUGGAAAAAAAUUUUUUAACUGAGGGAAAGAAGUCACCUAGUUGAGCGAAAACUAACACUGCAUUAUUGAAAACGAGGGAACAACCUGCAGCUUUCAUUUUGUGUUAAUGUCCCAAAAUUCAAGCCAGUGUGGAAAUAAUUUCCAAGGUAAAUUCAUUUUUGUCUAUUCUUUUAGUAGUCUCAUUUCACUAGUUAUAUUGCAAUAUCUGGUCCUUUGGUACAUGAUGUUGCUGUGACCUCCUUGAAAUACAGGGAUGGUGUCUAUCUUCUUUUAAAAGAAUCUUCACAAAGAGAACAAAAAGAAUGUAUCACCCCACUUGCCCUUGCGUUUGGAGGAGAGAAUGUCAAGCUGCCAACACUAAGGACCCAGAAGGUGGCUGGGAUGGCUGAGGCCUGGACUGUACUGGAGACAGACGUGUGCCUUGGGCAUGUGUUAUUGAGCUCCCUACCCACAUACUGCCCCGAGGGUGGUUUAUUUUUUCCUUCACUUUGUAACAACCAUGACUCCUGUUCCUAAAGUCUUACCAUGGAUUAUUAAUGCAGUCAUCUUACCUGAAAUGUGCAGAGUCACAUGGCUGAUUUCAGUGGAGAGAGAGGAGAUGCUAUGGUGCCGAGUGCCCACUCCACUGAGGGAAAUGAAGUCUCUGGAGUCCGUUUUCUCCUGAUCAAUGAAGAAAAUAAUGACCUGCAGGUGCCAAGUAACCUUUGUGACUCUUUCAUGAAAAGUAUGUCACAGAGGGGUACCUUAUCCUUUGCUUCAUUGUAUGUUCAAUUCUUCACUCCUCCGUUCCGUUAUGGUAAACUCCAUCAGUGAGUUAUCACUGGUCCACACACGUGGGUAGUUCCACGGCAGGAAGUAUUCAACACACCAGCCUAUAACUGUUGUGAAAAAACGUCUUAAGAAAGACAACUAAAUUUAAUCCGCCCUCCAAUUCUGAAAACUGUUCUUACUGUGAAGAAUGAAACCACGAAAGUACUAUGUACCUUCUUACCACAAAUAAAUGAAAACAAUUUCAGUAGUUUACUAUUGUCAGUUGGAUGUGAUAUAAUUUUAAAUAUAGUAAUUUUAAAGACAUCUCUCUUUAGUAUUAAAAAUCUAUUUUAAAUAUCAGUGUGAAAAACAGAAAUUUCUAGACUCUGAUAACAGAACCUAAAAACUACCCCCAGUUUUUAAAGAGAACAAUAUUACCAAUAACCAAGUAGAUAAAGGGAAUAGAAUCACAGUUUGCAACUGGCACCAUUUUAUAUUCAUGGCAGGAAAAGAAAACUUUCUUUAAAGGCAUGAAGUUAGUCAAAGGUUAUAGCUGACAUUUACCAGGAAGAAAGGUACAAAAGAUGCUUAAGUUAAAAAUGGCUCAUCAGUCAGGUUUGUGUUAGAGCAGGCUGCCUUGCUAGUACAGGGCUCUGUGGAUCUUGCAAAAAGAUUUCACUGAGUACAUGUCAAUGUGGUAACCUAGAGAAAUUCAUGCAACUUUGUUGAAUGUCAUUCACUUUUCCAUUUAUUUAAGGAAGGAGGAUGGCAAAUGCUAAUUUGUCAACAACGAGUAUCUUUAUUCUAACUCAGAUCAUUCCUUUUUUGUUAGUGGCAGAGUUUAUUCUGUAAUUUUAAAUGAUGUUCAUAGAUGAGGGUAAUUUGGUUUUCUUUUUUUACAGAUGAUCUCAUUUGCUGAAUGAUUUAAGAGUACAAUUAGCCACUGCGUGGCUCUGUGUAUAGUAACAGGUUUGUUGCACUUAUCUGUGGUUGAACCUCUUACCUGCAGUGGGAAGCAGAGAUCGGAGGAGGUAAAAAUUGGAGAUAUGGUAAAGCUAUAGAUUGUUUUGAAUGGGACAAGAAUAAGUAACUUAAUCCAUCUCCAUUAGUGCUUUAAUAAAAAAGGAACCUAAAACUUGAAAUGGGUCUCAGACAUGUCUACAAAUAUGGGUACUAUUUUUAUGCCCGUGUAUUUUCAGAUUUAAUAAAAAUAUUUAUGGUCAUAUCAGUA